CUGGAACACACCCCCGGGACUCUUGCGGCGUUGCAUCCGAGCAGGGAGGAUCCAGUUCCCACAGAACCGCACAAAAAGGACGUAAUACGACAACUAUUUCCACUAACCGACCAAGCCCUGAGACGGGGUCUUUUCAAGACAAAUGGAUCGGUACGAUAAUCUGGAUUUGGAGCUGGAAUGUGAAGGCGGCGGGGUUGCGCAAAAAGCUGCCUUGUUUGGUGGGAUGUUCAAAAGAUCAUCCAAGUCCGCGGAACCGUCCUCCCAGCAGGACAGUUUAUCAGUCAGCAGUGAACAUUCAAAGAGCAACGACAGUCUCAAUGACACAAAAGACACUGGUGGUGUGUUCAAGGGAAUGUUCAAGAAAUCUGCAAAAUCUAAAGAAGACUCACAGCAGGACAGUUUAUCAGUCAGCAGUGAACUUUCCAAAAGCAGCGACAGUCUGAGUGACAACACAAAGGAUAAAGGCGGUGUGUUUAAAGGAAUGUUCAAGAAAGCGACCAAAUCUGGCAAAGAGGAGGAUCCGUCUGGUAGCAAAGAAAACCUGUCGCACAACAGUCACUCGGCAAAGGUGGCAGAGGUGAAACCAACACCUACCCCCAAACCUCGGCAUGCCCGCAAGCACUCGCUGGAUUUCCUGGAACUCCCGAAGACUGACGCUCAGACGUCUGAAGGCAGCAAGGAGUCAGGAGGAGGAAUGUUUGGGAUGUUUAAAAGGUCUCCCAAACCUCACGGAGCACGGGCAGAGUCUCAGGAAGACUUGUCUGCACCAGGAGAGUCAACAGGCAGCACCGACAAUCUAGCUGUCAAUCAAAACACUAAGGAGUCGGGUGGAAUGUUUGGAGGGAUUUUUAAGAAAUCUCCGAAACCCCACGGCGCUCGAACGCAAUCUCAGGAGGAUCUGUCGGCGCCCGAGGAGCAGUCCGGCAGCCAGGACAACCUCUCCGUCCACACCAAGGAGUCGGGCGGGAUGUUCGGUGGAAUGUUUAAGAAACCUUUCGCACGAACCAAGUCCACGGAGGAUUUACUGGAAAGUGGCGAGCAGUCGCGCAGCAACGACAGUCUGUCGGAGGGACACGGCAAGGAGAAGGGAGGACUCUUCAGUGGUGUGUUCAAGAAACCCAAACUGCAUGGGGCCAAAUCACAGGAUGAUCUAUCGGGGGAUGUUGAGCUCUCAGCGAGCAGCGACAGUCUUGCGGAGAAGCCUGCGAAGGGAGGAGCCGCAACCAAGAAACUCAAGAACCCGUUUUCCUCUCAGCCAAAAAACAAACCGGAAGAGAGGGAAGACUCCGGCGAAAACCUCUCCUCUGGAGAAAAGCCCAAAACCAAACAGAACGGUUUCAGUGCCAUGAUGAAGAACACUUUCUCCUCUGACAAACAAGACAAAACGUCCGACAGCGACGGCGAAGAACUUUCCGACAACAAGGAAAACCAUGGCAGCCACAAACAGAGCAAACUUUCCGACGCGUUCACAAAGCUAAAUCCCUUUCGAGCUGCCAAGGACAAACAGUCGGAGUCAGAGGACGAGGAGAAGACAUCAGGCGUCAAACAGGAAGCAGAGGAGAAACAAAACGCCAAAUAUGUUGGAAAGAAGUCGAAAACGGUCAACAGCAACGCUCUCCAAAAAGAGAGGAAAGAUAGAAGUGAAACCCCGCCACUUCCCCACAGACCAGCUGGAGAGCAGAAGAGAGGAGGCAUGACGACGUGGUUCGGCAAACGGAGCGAUUCCGAGGAGCACCUGGACAAAGACAUGGCUUCUCAACCCAAAAGGGAGACUCCUGUGGUUCCUGCCAGACCCACAGAGGAGGAGCUGAGCAGAUUAACCAAACCAAGAAAGGACUAUCAGAGCCAGUCUGAUGACGAGACCCUGAAAGAAGACGGCGAUCGGACUGAGACUAAAACGACCAGGAAGAAACACAAGCAUCACAAUCCGUUCAUGUCGCGAGUUGCCACCAAGGCUCAGUCCGACGAUGAGGGGCUCCAAGAGGAGGAUGAAAGUGUGCCCAAAGAUGAGAAGAAGGAGGACAAAGACGAGAAGAAGGAGGACAAGGCCAAGCCCAAAACAGAGGCCAAAGCCAAAAGGCCGAAGAGGUUCAACCCCUUCAUGCCUCAAGUCAAGGCCAAGGUGGUUCAGAAGAACGUUCAGGGUGGAUCUGGUGACAACGCAGCUGAGAACGAGGGCAACAGGACUCUGUUCGACCAGCUGGAGGAUUUCCGGCUCGACGGGGCUGACCCAGACCAAAAUGAGGAUGAUGUCAACCUCAUGGAGUGGUGGAACACAGUGGAGCCUUGGGAGGAUGUACCUCAUAAUGAGGACAUGACCGAAAAGGAAGAAGCCAAGGCGUUCGCUGUGACGGCGGAUAAGGUUCAGAAAGGUAUCCGUGUCUUCAACAAGCUCUUCUCUGAGCGAGCCGAGAGCCUGUGGCAGCACGUCAUCGACCUCAACGGCAUCGCCGACGGGCUGGACAAGUUCAACAAGAAGACGAAGAUCGCCCAGAUCACCGGCGGCUCCACCAGCGCCAUCGGUGGGGUGGCCACCAUCGCUGGUCUGGCCCUGGCUCCCGUCACUAUGGGAACGUCUCUGAUUGUGACGGCGGUCGGGCUGGGCGUGGCUACAGCCGGGGGUCUGACAUCGGCGGGUGCUGGCAUCUCCAACCAGGUCAACAACUCAAUGGAUCGAAAGAAGGUGGAGAAGAUUGUGGAGGACUACCAGGAGAAGAUGGUGGACCUCAACAAGUGCCUCAAGUUCAUCAAGCAGGGAAUCGAAAACCUGCGUCGGUUCGACUUGAUCAGGAUGAAGAACGAUGCCUACAACCGCGACUUCCCCGUCCUCAACAGCAACUUCUAUGAGGAUGGCGCCAUGGCGGGGAAGGCCAUCCUCAUCAACGCCAACGAGAUCAUGCGCGUGGUGCAGAUCGCCAACGUGGCCGGCAGCACCGCAGCCAGGGCGGUUCAGAUCGCCAGCAUGGCGACCGGCGUGCUCACGGGUCUCUUCGUCGGCAUGGACAUCUACUUCGUUGCCAAAGACUCCAAAGAACUGAAGAAAGGGGCCAAAUCGGAGUUUGCCGCUAAGAUCAGAGACGUGGCGCAGCAGCUUCACGACGGCUUGGUGGAGCUCAACGCCAUAAGAGAGGAGCUGCAGGCGACCUCCACGCCUGAGGAGGACACCAAAGACGAGAAGAAGGAAGUCAAAAAGUUUGAGUACGACGACAGUUCGGAGGACGAAAUCGACCGCAUUAAGAAAGCCAUCAAGAACGACAUUGAGAACAGAGAAUAUGUGUAGAGCCAGUCAGUACACUGGGGAAACUGGUGUCGCUUCUUCUGCUCACUCGGGUUCCGGACUCGUAUAAGUGUUUAAUUUGCACAGUUUCACUUCAUAGUCGUGCCACUGAAGCUAUUGAGCAGUUUUCUAAACCCGUGCCUUCAGGUCACUCAGGACUCUGUGGGUGCCUGGGUUCUUAAACUGGGGCUCCCAACAUCCUCUGUUCCUCUUCUUAUCUUAGGUGAUGAGGCUUUCCCAGGUCACUGGAGGGAAGUUGUUUCUCUCACCGGCCUGUCACAGAUGCUCAUCCCCUUUAGCUCGCCAAGAUGUCGACUCAUCAAAGACUUUAGUUGAAGGAAGUGACGACACACUUGGUUCAGGAAGACUUCAGCUGCUCUUAACUGGGCCUAGAAUCCCUCACCUGGUGCAAAGCUGCUGUGCGGGGAGGCUCUGGUCCGGUCCACACUUCAGUCUACUCUCACCUGAGAACCUGUUUUUAAGUGAAAUUAUUAUAAUCAUACUUGCUUUUAUACACCUUUUAAAAGGAGAAACUAUUUAGAUUUUAGUUUACAAGUGUUAUCAAUGCCAGCAAUAGGAACUAUAAUACUCGUGUGUGUGUGUGUGUGUGAGAUAUUGAAUUUGCUCAGUUCUAACUGUAGGUCAAAACAGUACUGUUACUAAUGCACACACAGGGUUUGUUUUAAUCGUGUAUAUUUCUCAUGUUCAUAUUUGAUUGUAGACUUUGCUGCUUUUAUUUGAAACUGGACUAAUAUUGAAGCUUAUUUAUGAUUUUAUUUAUUUUCACAGAUCUGGGUAUCGUGGUUGUUUCGGGUGCCUUUUUAUAAAUCUAUAAUAUUAUUUCUGGGUGUGUGGGAAAAGGACUGUUUGUCUUUCCUGUGUUUUUUAUUAUUAAUAAAAUGUAAAAUUU